AAGUAUCGGGCUGCGAGACUCUGCUGUGACACUGCUAGAACUUGCUCAGCUGAUCAGCAGGUCAACAGGGGGCCUGAGGUCGUCACUGACCUGAAAUAAAAGUGUGGUAUUACAGUGACCUUGAGAUCGAAAGCGAGUGUGGAGCGGGUGUGUUGCAAUGUGGUGUGUAGAGAUUGUGGGAUGGACUUUAGCGAGCCCGUUGUAGGGCUCGCUUAGGAAGGAGGCAUCAGCUGACUGCGUUCCUGACCUGACCUGACCUGACCUGACUUGAUAUCCGUGAUCCUCGUCGUGUAGUGGAGACAAGUCUCGUCUCUGCAGAUCCACGCUUGUCUCCAAACUUCCCUAUCACCGUUUGAGGUCAGCCUUGAUCAGUCUCCAACAUGACGACAGUGAUUCUUCAAUCAUCGCCACGCCUCCAGUGACGUCACGGGGCGUACGCCAGUGACGUGUCACAGCUAUGGAGUUUCAACCGGGACAGCCGGGUCCGUUCUGGGCCUACGUGCCACUUCAGGAGUCGGUAUUACAGCAGGGCGCCAUCGAUCAGCAGGGUAAACAACUACUCUCUCCAUGGUGGCCGCCUCAGUCUACUCCGCUGGGGUUCAGUGUACUCCAUCCGGUCCCUCUGGGUCUCUGUGGUUCAACAGGAGCAGUCAAUUACCGGCAACAACAUGCACCCGACGACUCCCUGGCGAGCGGCAGCGUCUCCAACAGUAUCAGCGAGUUGGCAGAACAGUUUGGUGACCUGAGUCUAGGACUUGGAAGGAAGCAGAAGCUUCCCCCGGAGACCUACCUAUGUCACCUGUGCUUCCAGAAGGGUCACUACAUCAAAGACUGUCCCGAGGCUCGCCCAAGAGGAGAGGGCAUGACGCCGUACCAGGGGAAGAAGCGCUGUUUUGGAGAGUACAAGUGCAGCAAAUGUAAGAGGAAAUGGAUGUCGGGUAACAGCUGGGCGAAUAUGGCGCAGAUGUGCAAAAAGUGCCGCCUCUUCGUCUAUCCACACAAACAGCGCCCUCUAGAGAAGCCGGACGGUCUGGAUGUGUCGGAUCAGUCCAAAGUGCAUCCGCAGGAACUGUGUGAAAAAUGCAAGACCCUGGGCUACUACUGCAGGAGACUACAGUGAUUGAACCGCGGCUGGCAAGAGGAUUUUAUCAUGGAUUUUUUAUCGAAAUGAAUAUCAGAAAAAAAGCUCGGCGGAACGGGGUACUAUUUUUUUUAACGGCAGCUGGCAGCUGUAACGGAUGUGCACUUAUGCUUCAUGAACAAACAAACAAAAAUGAUUACCUAUAUGUGCUCAAUGUUAGUCGUAACAUAAGCAAAUUCAACAGAACAACGAAUGUUUGACAACAUUGAGUAUUGAAUACUGCGCGAUAUACCUACUGAUAAAAUAGGUAGGUACUGCGGGCUGUUUAGUGUCACAUUCGAAAUUAUGAUUUUUCCCCGCCGAAAACAAAAACUGUAACGGCUGUCAAGCACGCGUGUGAUUAACUAUGCCGUUAUUGGGGCUCCAUCUUAGUGCAUACUCUCUGCUACCAACGUUGAAUGACAGCUGGCGUGCUGCCAUAUGGCACCAUAUGGCCGCUGGAAAGCUGCCAUAUGACAUCAUUUGAGUGUUGUCGCCUUGGCGCAUUGCGUCAAAACGGUGCUAAUUUGGUUCUCUUAUUGAGAACGGUUACAUUGCUGCUCGCUGCUGACAUAUGGAGCAGGCUACUGUGCUAACUUGUUCACUAUCGUAGAGUAAAUUAUAUAAGGGGUUAUCGGUGUGUGGUGUGACUUUGAUGUUAUCGUGUCUCCUGUCUUGUUUCUCUAUCUCUAUGUAUCUUUUCAUCUGUCUAUGUAUCUCUCGCUCUCUCUUUGUCCAUUUAUCUAUAUCUAUAUCUCUGUGUUCCUCAUACCGCUAUGUUGUAGUAAGUUACAAGGCAUCCUCUGUAGCCUAUUCAGUCUUAUAAAAGUGAUUGAGCAAAAGCGGAUCCAGAAAGACUGUCUCAGACGCUGCGGGGACGCCCCCCCCCCCAAGGCUUUUGGAUGUCAAAUCCUUACGCUUUAAUAUGCGGUUCAGAACAAUGUUUUCUUUAUAAAAGGUUAGUUUUCUUCCUAUUCUAGAACAAACGACAAAGCGUCAUCGAUUUUGAGUACUGCGAGGGUGUCAUUUGCCCAAAGUCCACUCCCUCCUGGAUCCAACUGUUACUUGCCACUUGCACCAUUAUGUUGGCUAGUGAUCGCCCCAUGAAAAGCCAAAAUCAGCAACGCCAAACUCUAUUUUACACAUUGUUGUCGAGCCUGAUAAAAAUGAUGCCCCAUGAUGUACUUGUUGCAAUAUUUUGACAUUGUAUCACAUAUGUCAAAGUAUGUCAUAAUGCUGUCGUAAUGACGGUAGCAUCGCUCUAUCAACGAAACAUAAGUCAUUCAACAAUAUUUCCAAACAAACGAUAACGAAACUUGAUUUGUAUAUAGCUAUGUGAGGAAACGUGUUUGUAUUUGUAAAUAUCCGGUCCCCAAUAAAUACCGUUGUUACUUACUAACUACUAACUUACGCUAGUAACAUAAGAAAUUAUGUUAGCAAAUUACUCACAUACGACGUUGACGCAGCGGCUUGUUGUUUGUUUUGGCUGUUGUCGCGUCACCUGUUAGUUUGUUGUUUUAGCUAGCUGGGUUUAUAACCAAUGUUCGCGAAGUUGUUGUGCAAAGGCGUUACUGGUCGCAGCUACGGUACACAGCUAGUUUUGGUGCCACUGGCAGCCAUUCUACAAUUUACCUGUUGUUGUUGAAGCAGUUUGUCUUCUUGUUGAGGAUUAUCAAACUCAUCGUAACUAGAAGGACAAUAACACCCAUGACUAAGCAAUAAAUGCGAAACGUUGGGUAA